AUGCCACAAGAUACAUCGAAAUCGAUGAAUUUUCCUAACGGACAAGCGGUUAUAGCAGGAGAUAGAGCUAGGCCCUUAGCAAAUUACCCUCAUUCUAGAAUUGUUGGAGGUUUUGUUUUUGUUUCGGGCAUUUCUUCAAGAAAUUUUGAUAAUACAUAUGAAGGGGUAAAAGAGCUUCCGGAUGGUGGUUUCCAAUUGGACAUUAAAGAACAAACAAAAGCAGUUAUUCGAAAUAUUGAAUCGAUAUUAAAAUCAUCAGGAGCGACAUUAAAUAAUCUAGUUGAUUUGACAGUAUUCUUGAAAGAUAUGAAUGAUUACGAUGGGUUUAAUGAAGUUUAUAACCAAUUUUUUGAUGCAAAAACUGGUCCAUGUAGAACUACUGUCGCCGUUUCAGAAUUACCUUCGCCAAAAUUAUUGAUUGAAAUCAAAGCAAUUGCUAUAGCACCAUAA